UAGAGCUUAGGAACGCAGCAAUCUCGCUGUUUUGGAGAGCUGGUGGGGUGCAAAUUAUUGCAGCAUAGAGAAAGCGCGAUCACUAUUCUUAAUACAGCACGUUGCAGUUUACUGCUUCAACUGAUGUUUGUGCAGUACUUGAGCUCCAUCAACUUGACUGUGAAGCAGCUGCGCGAAUUAGCGGCUUCUUUCGUCAUUUUUCAUGGCCCGGCAGGAAACCAAGAACCUGUCCAAGGGUGAAAAGCAGUAGCUUCAACUGAGAGUGUUCCCGCUUGAAAAAUGGUAAUACAGAAUUAUUUCCACACUGAUGUCACUGGACAGUAGAAAUCUGUCCCCUUUUUCCUAAUGGCUCCAAAUUCUGUUGACAUUGUCGGACUUAUGCCAGGUGUAUUUGACAGUGGACAACACCAAUUCAUUCUCUGGAGUCUGCUUGCCAUUGUCUGUGCCUUUUUGCUCCUGGCCAUUCUCAAUUUUCUGUGCAAUAGCUGCGACAGACACCUGAACACUGCUGAGCAGAAUGGGGGCAAUGAAAAUCUAAUGAGUGUGCCUUCAGAAAAAGAGACCAACAGCUAUUCAGUCACGAAUUUUGGAAAUGUGAUGCCAGCAAAUGGUCACACUGACAGUGUUGCAAAUGGAGAUGUUCUUUCAGAUGAGAGUGCAACUGUUCAUCCUUCUGAUGAUGCAAUGCUUCCAAUAGUAAACCAGCAAGAUAUCACCUGUAAAUCUUCAAAAUGCCCUCAGAGCAGAGAGCUGCCACAAAUACCUGGAAAUGAUUCAGUACCAAAUGUUGAAUCUACAGAAGUGACUGAAAACAAGACCCCUCAUGGAGCCUAUGAGCCCUAUGAGGUGCUAAAGGACAGUUCUUCUCAAGAUAUAAUCAUUGAAGACUCUCUUUAUGAAACUGUAAAGGAGCUAAAAGAGGAAUCUGGCAGUGUGACCAAUGAAAUUUACACUCCGUCCGAAAAUAUGGAUUUGAAUAUCAUGGUACAAGGUCAAAAUACUGAACUUGCUGGUGCUAAUGCAGAAUAUGCAACAGUAAGCAAGGUGAAACUGAAUCGGCAGAGCAUUUCAACAGAACAGAUAACGAUCACAGAAGAUGAUCCUCCGCCAAUUCCAGUAAAGGAGCUGGAUGAAAAUGAGCAUGUGGAGGGUGAAAGUGCAAAGAUUGCAGCCAUGUACUCCACUGUGAAUAAACCAGCAAAGCAAUGGUCUCGAGCAGAGGCAGAGCAGGAAGGUGGAUAUGCCAGCAUUGAUGAGGUAACUCCUCAAAGAAGUCCAUCUACAGCCAGUCAUCUUUAUGCAUCUGUAGCUGACUAUGAAAGAGAACCCAAAAUUGCAGAUCAGAAUGAACCUGUAAAUGAUGUGGGGGAGGACAUUGAUCCAGGGUAUGAACCCAUCAGAGCUCUGAAAGAGGAAUCUCCAGAACAGGAAGCUGAAUCUAUUGGAAACCAAUCUCUGCGCACAGAAGGCGAGAACCAUUAUGAAAGCAUCCAUGAAUUGCAACAGAAACAAAACAUGAAUAACCCCAAUGUCUAACUGUGGAAAUUAUUUAGCACAUCUGAGACACAAAUUUUAGGCUUUUAUUUUAAAAUUAUUUGCUUGGCAUUUCUUAUAGAAGCACCUUGUAAACAACAUGUAAGGAGGAAAUAAUUCCUGAUUACACCUACUCGUGCUCCAGUCCGUUAAUGAAUGUUUUAUCUCUGUUGAAUCAGGCUUUUGGGGAAGAAGAAUGUUUCCUGGGUGUCUGAAUGGGAGGAGUUUAUUGGUGAUGUUUUUCCUCUCAGCCUGUUUUUAUGCACAAAGUAACAUUAAAUUGCAGAAGUAAAUAGCUGUGUUCUUUACAGAAUGCAGUAAAGUGAACCGAGCACUUACAUUUGGUAUAUUUUAAUUGGGGAACAGAAAGGUGGUUUUAUUUUCAUAAAUUAAUGAAUUCUGAGUGCACAGCAAAAUGAGCAUUUCUCUUUUGGUGGAGGUGCAUAAGUAAAUUGCUAUGUGGUACAACAAUCAUUAGAAAGUGAAUACUUGUGUAAAUAAGCAAGUAGGAAGAAAGUUAAAGUUUAAACAAUUAUUUUCCAAAUAAGUUAGAAUUAGGUACUUUAAUUCAACAGGGCUCAAUCACAGUGACACAUCUCAGUAAGAGAUUUUCCUGUUUUAAGCUUGGCACCUGGAUAUGAACCAGCUCUCAGUUAAUUUCCCUUACUGGUACUAGUAUCUUACUGUUCCUCUAACUGGAAAACCAUCAUGAAGGAUUUUGUUGCCUUGCAUUGAGUGCAAACUUUAUUUCUACUUUUCAAAGGACAGACAUAAGAAUGUAGAAAGUGAGCCACAAGACAUGAUGUCUUCACCCAACUCAUUUCAUGUACCAGCAAUGAACCUUCAGAACUGCACUUGCAGCUCAAAUAAUAGCAAAGCACAAAAUCUCCAGGACAUGUUUAUUCAACACAGAACAUUUGUUAUGACUGGGAAGUAAACAAAUUCUCUUCUAUAUCCCUGUAGUCUUCCUCCAUUUUUGCACCAGAGACUUGUCUGCCUACUAAUUUCAGACUUAGCUAAAGAGCUACUAGGUAAACUGUCGGAUCACUUAUUUAAAGGAAAACUGCUCUUGGAAUGUUGAUAUAAUAGAAAUAUUUAAAAAGAAACUCAGUCACCCCAUAUAUCAGCUUCAAUGUACAGCCCCUCCAAAAAUUGCUUGCCACUGCCUCCUACAGAUGUUAGACAUGCAGUGUAUUGUAACUCAUUGGAGCAACAUGGUUAGCACCACAACUCCUUCAGGCCUAAAUAGAUGUAGGUUUGACCUGUCGAUAAACAGGGCAGGCAGUUAGAAAUAAGCAUGGGUCUGCUUUAGAUAUUGUCAUGUCAAAUCUGACACAAUUCCUCCAGAUUCAUUCUUCAAGUAAAUAGUUUGUUAAAUAAGGGUUUUGCAUUUCUAGAUAUAGGAAGAUGUUAGUCAUCUUCAAAAGCUUCCAAGUUAAGACCUAGUAAUUCCAAAUGUACAAGGCACUUGGUUUGAUUAUGAACAUGUGCUUUGCAUUAUGAACCAUAAUCUUGUUUAGUUUGCUGUGCCCUUUGAGUGCUAGAUCCCAAUUAACAGGUGCCUCCAUUGUUUUGUAAUUCCUGCCCUUUUACAUUUGUGAGGAUCGUAACCUUCAUCACAUUUCUACAGUCUAGCAUCAAAAUAUGUUGCUGGAACUGUGGCAAUAUCAUCUUCAGAAAGCAACACACCAGGUUCAAAUAAUGUAGGUGAAUGUUUCACUGUUUCAUUUGAUUACCUUUGCAAUUUGGAAGAACUUUGCUGAACCUUAGUUUAGGAGAUUGGAUUAACCAGCAAGGAUUGAAUGUUGUAAUCUAAGAUUAGAUGGAGAUAAAAGACUGCUAAGUAAACAACACCUAAUAGAUUUCGGAAAUCAUGAAAACGAUCAACAACGGUAGAUUAAUAGCAUUAUUAAGUUAGUAGUUUGGAGUUCUACCUGAUUAUUUUUGGCUUUUAAAGAGAAUCUUUACAGUGUGUUACCCCUAGAAUUUUCACAAGCUUAGUUCACAAAUUAGAUUAUAUAAUUGGAGGAACAUGUUAGUUGUCAUUUUUUCAUUCUGUUCUUUGUUCUAACAUAACCUAAAAAAAAAUUUUAAUACAGACAGUAUACAUGUAGAAUUUGCGGAAUUUACAAAACAUCAGGCAGCCUUUCAUUACUUGGAUUUAAUUCAAUACUGGAAUAUCAAGAAUAAUUGUCUACUAUCAGUUUACUGCAAUCAACAUGAAUUUAGAAAGAGAAGAUCCUACCUAACCAAUUGAUUGAACUUCUUUGAGGAAGUUAUAACCCAUGUGUACUGCAGUUAAUCUUAUGGUAUGGUGUGCCCUGUCUUCCAAAAGGCAUAUGAUAAAGUUCUAUAUGUAAGUCUUAAACACAAAGUUGGGGGGACUCAGAGUAAACCCUGAGAAUGGAUAGGAAAAGCUAAUAAGUAGGAAACAAUGAAUGCUCAUUUAAAGGAGUUAUGUUGGAGAGGGGAUAAAACACUGGAUUUAGAAAUUCGAUGCAAAGUGGCCAAGUUUAUAGGAAUUGGAAGAGGAAACUUAUAAAUUACAAUACAAGGUGGAUAAAAUAUGUAAGUGGACAGAAUAAUGGCUGAUGAAAUUUAAUGCAGACAAGUGUGAAAUGUUUCAGAUUGGAAGGUAAAAUAGAUUGCAUGCAUACUCAAUGAAUUAUGGCAAAAUAACUAAGGAUGAAGCUGAAAGAGGCCUGGGAGACUUUUUGUAGCUUUGACAUUAAGCAUGCCUGACCAAUGCAGACCAGCAAAUAGCAAAUGUUGACUACAUUAGCAAAACAGUAAAAUACAAGUCAAAGGAAACAUUAUAGUGUUCUGAUUAAAGUAUAGAAGAAAAAGAUGCAGAAUAUUGUUUCAAAUUACAGUAAUAGGACAAAUAAAAGGUAAUUGUACAACU